AUUUCCAUAGCAACUCCCUGUGAUGGGGUGGAGCAGUGGCAGGAGGUGAUAUGUCCUCGUAGGGGUCACCAGGCCAGGCCAGUGCCCGGGGGGCCUAUCUUUGCUACUCUCUCCUCCUCGGGGAUACAGGUACUGAUGAAGAACGCAACCAAUAGGAUUUCGGAAUCGCCUCCGUGGGGGUAGAGCUACACACAAAGGCUCCGCCCCUCCUCUGUGACUCUUGACUCUACCAGAGUCUACCCCUACCUUAUCUCUGUAUGGUGUCUCCACUGGAUCAAACUUCAUCGCUCCAGCAAGGGACUUUUUUCGCGGUCCCUGAUGGGCUUAGAGUAUGAGCAACUGCAGGGGCCACGCAAUGAGGACUCUAUGGACCCGACUCCCCUCCAGAUGUUCUCUCCCAGUGAUUGUGUCCUGGCUGGAAUUCCUCGGGAUCCUGACAACUCUGGAGUGUCCAGUCACUCUCCAUGCUCAUCCUCCUCAAGGGACUGUGCGUUGCAGAUUCAUUCCAAGCCUGAUAAGUUGGGUGUGGUUGGCUUUCCCCCUCAGAAGCCUUGGGGUUUGGGUGUGGUUCAUAACAUCAACUCAGAUUCCCAGAAGCUGAAAAAUGAUAAGAAGGACUCCCUGAAGGAUGGACAUCUCAGUUUCAAGAAGUGGCUGAUCUCUGAGGAGACUGUUUCCUCAAACCAGAAGCUGAAUGGCAAUUCAAAGGGGAAUGCGACCAGGAGCCGGAAUGGGAAUGGGAAUGGGAACAGAAACCGGAGUCGGAGUAGGAGCCUGAGCCCGAACCCUAGACCCCCAAUUGAAGCCAGUGACCAGAGGAACUUGGAGACUGACAAUUCUAAGGCCCAAGAACUUUCCUUGCCUGAUGGGAUGAGAUGGAAAAUAGGGACUGUGAUCUCCGAUCCCCCAAGCAAGGUGUCUACCAUCAUGAUUCCUGACACACAAAAGCUCUUAAGGAUAGACUUGGAUUGCCUGAAAAGUCAGCUUCUAGCCCAGACCAAGGCCUUUGAGUUCUUGAACCACUCUGUGACCCUCCUGGAGAAAGAAAGCAGCCAUCAGAGAGUUAAAAUUCAGGCGCUAGAAGAAGUGAUGAGCCUGUCUUGCUGUCCAACCCAGGAUGACCUCAUGAGACGAGGGGCAGAAUUAGGGAGGCAGGAGCUUUGGCGGGCACUGGCUCGGGGCCUGCAGGAGGUGAAGGAAAAUCUUCGGGGGAGUGAGGAGGUCCAGCGGGGCCGUACCACCCGUUCUCUACUACAGCUGGGCCAGGAGAUUCGGGAAAGCAAGAAGUUCCUAUGGGAGGAGCUGGAAAUGCUGCAGGAAGAGGUGACCUACAUCCAACAAAAACUCAAAUCACAGGAAGAAGAAAUCACCAAAAACCUGGUGAAUAUCAAGAAAAUGCAGAAGAAUCAGGUGAAAUGUCGCAAGGUCCUAACAAAGAUGAAACAGCAAGGGGGCAUGGUGGUAUCUGAGGAUGAGACUAAAUCCAAGGACUGGUGGGGACAGGAGGAGUUGGAGGAGGAGCUGAAUGACAUAUGGUCAGCUGUGAACACGCUUCAGAAUGCCAUUGAGAGUUUAUCGCUGACCGGAGUGAAGCACCGUGGAGUCCUCAGGAGCCGCAGGGUACGACGAUGCGUGACUCCGCCGCCGCCACCAGCCUGGGCAACAGACUCGGAUUCGGAUGCCAACCCACCUCACAGUCCAUAGCCGAUAGCCCCGACCCAUGCAAGACUCCUUCAGCUGAGCUGCUGGGACCUGCCUGAUCAAGGGAAGGGAGCCCUCCCUGAAGGGGCCUCAGCCCCCAAAACCCCCUAAGAGAGAAAAUAAAAUAGGGAUGGCCCCUUCCCCAA